CAGGUACACAAGAACACCAGCUUUUCGACCGAGCUAUGACUUCCAGACGACGAGAGUCGACCGGUGGCAGAGGUGUGCACAUGCGGCCUUGCGCUGGGUUCACCAACUUCCCAGCCAGCAGGUUUGGCAACACCAGGCGCGUCUGGCCUCCGCCCCAAGUGCAAAUCGCCCACCCGAGCCUCGGCGUGGCCACCCUCGUUAACGGGGCGAGGUUCCGCGCCCGCGCCGGCCUGGGCGACUUCAUAAAGAGCGCCCAGGGGGCCGGCGGCGGCGGCGGCGGCGGCGGUGGGAGCAAGGGCGGCGACGACGAUGACGAAGUGACGAAGCUCAUCGAUAAGUACGGGGAUCGCAUCGGUGAAGUCGGGUUCGGCGGGGUCGUGGGGUUUUGCUCCGGGUACGCCAUGAUGAAGGUCGGCAAGGCCAUCGCUUUCGUCAUCGGAGUCGGCUUCAUUGUCGUUCAGGGUCUCAACUACUCUGGUGUGGUGACCAUCAAGUGGGAGAAGGCGGAGGUGAAGGUGAAGAGCCUGUUCGACAGCAACAAGGACGGCAAGGUGGACAAAGAAGACGCCAAGGCCCUCUGGAAACGCCUCAAAACGGCUCUCACGCACAACCUCCCGGCAGGCGGCGGCUUCACGGGCGGGUUCGCGCUCGGCCUGUGCUGCGGCUAAGCGUCAAGGGGUUGAUCUGAUCGAAUCUGCCGAUCAGUGCUUGUUGGUUUGCGCUGGCAAUACAUCAACAAGCACGACAGGUUUUUGGAGGGUAUUGCCCCCGCCCCCCCCGCCGCGCCCGCAGCAACGACAGAAAGGAACACCGGGGGUCACCUCUUGAUCCGUUGUUGCCAAACACGACGGCAGUGAACAGCAAUGCGUUUUGAUACGCGUUUUUGAGUUUUCGUUGAAGCGAAGCAAGUUUUGGCCUGUGAGCCCAUAUUGUAGAACGUGCACCUGUGUGGAUGCUUCGCAGUGUCAAAGCGAGAGCAAAUGUAAGUAUGUUCGUCACCGCCACACGCCUGAAUUGGUUGGUGCUGUAUUCGAUUUUGCCGGGGAAACGGGCUGCCUUCUUCUGUGUUUUCCCGGGUUGCUUGCGAGACCAACUCAUAUUUGUUUUGAUUAGAAUCUAGUUGGCCCACACCGCACGUGUGUGUUCACUUUGCUUCCCGCGCGCUUUUCCCGUUUUUUCGCGACAAUGGCUUAAGGCUACGGGGUUUUCUCCGUGACACGCAUCACAGCAGAAUGAUGGUCGUAGUGAGUGGCUUUGGGCGUUCCCGCUGCGUAAACUACAGCGACGGGAGUGAGCGAGUGUCUUGUGUUUUCGUUGGAAGGGGUAUGGCCUUGCCUGGCUUCCUUUUUGUGUAGAGAUCCCCCCCCCCUUCUGUUGGAGGUUUCAUUUCCGUGGCGCCGAACCCAGGCUUGUAUCUAAAGAGAAAAACAGCAUCCGCGUAAAGUACCACAGCAGUAGUCGCCUUUCUUCGGGAUCGGCAUUUACAUGUGUUGUAGCGCACGCUCGUUUUGCAUGACCCGCAUCAUGCGGGGCCAACUUGGUGGCGGGUACUGGUAGGAACGUGCCCGGUAUUUUGAACAAUGGGAUUUUCCUCUUUUAGGGGGCCUUGGGCGGCAUCCGUUCCAAGCACU